AUUUUCCCUUCCACCUCUCCUUAUAAUCCCAUCUUCCUCCUCUCUUUUGUUUGGCCCCAACAACCCAAGCCCUUUUAUCCUGUUUCAUUUCAAUUCUAUUUCCCCAGACAAGCGGUGGUUUAAAGUUACGUCUUUGUUGAGAAUUGCUUUGUUUCGCCCUUUCUGUCCUUGUUAACUUCUUCUGCAACCAAAUCGUUGUUUAAUCCCUCCAAAUCUCUCUCCGACCCCACAGUCUCAACCAAAGCCAUGGUUCCGUUGCGCGCCACCUCCUUCCUAAAAUAAGCCCCAUCUCCGCCCCCCCCCCCCCCCUCUCUCUUCCGUUUCCAAAUCCAACGGUCUCCCUCGGAAGCAGCUAUUCCUUAGAAUAGCGAGUUAGGUAAUUUUUUGGCCGCUCGCCACCUCCUACAAAUCCCACCUUCCCAUUUCCAUCCCUUCUAUCAGGGCUUCUCUUCCCUGCAGAUGGCUUCCUCGGUUGCCAGAAUGCCCACCGACGACUGGCGCGACCCCAACCGGCUCGCUGCCGGUGUCUUCGGCGCCCACGCCCACCACCCCUUCGGCAACAACCUCAGGAAAGUCCUCGUCCGCGAGCCAGACCGCGACCCCGUCGGCGUCACCUCCUCCACGUCCACCUCCUCCUCUACCACGAUGGCUGUUGGUGGCAGGGACGCUGUCGGUCCGAGAAAAAUGACCGAGCUGUCGUCCGCCGUCGGCGAGGACUCCGGCUCCCUGCGCACCGCCCGUAAGCGGGAGUCCCAGAUACUGGACCGGUGGGCAGCCCGUCAGGCACGGGAGAUGGUCACCACCAUCGAACGCCAGGCACACCAAGCCGAGAUCUCCGCCCUCACCACCACCACCCAGCCCGUCUCCGCGCGCGCCGCCUCCUUCCUUCGCGAUUCCUCCCCCGCCUUGUCCGACACCUCCGCCGCCACCGCCGCCGUCUCCGCCGCCAGCACCAGCAGCAGCAUCGACCUCCCGCCGAACGUGCGAGCAUCGUCGCUGAUCCAGAUGUGGAGGGAGCUUGAGGCCGAGGCCGGCAUCACCCCCACCAACCGCACCACCAGCGGCAACAGCAACUCGGCUUUCACCAGCGCCGCCGCCGCCAUGGCCGAGGAGCCCUCCGGCGGCUCCGACGUCUGCGAUGAUUCGGAGGCGUUCGGGGAUUGGGAUUCGGAUAUCACGAUAACGACGGCGCAUUCGUCGAUGAGCGAGAGCGAGCGGGGCCGGGUGGGGAGCAUCGUGAAGAUGCUGAGCUCGGCGAACGCGACGCGGAGCUCGGCGGCGGCGGCGUGGAUCGAGGAUGUCGAGCCAUUGAGCCGGGAGAGUCCAGGUGUCUCUGAUCAUGGGGAUAGCCAGAACCAGAGCCUCCGCAGCACCGGUGCGGGUCUCCGGCGCAUGAGAGGUCGGCGCGAGAUGGAGGAUUGGCUCGCGAAGCUGGAGCAGGGGCGGCGGAACGAGCUCUCUGCGGUGGCCGAACGUCAGCCUGUGUCACGUUUCUUGCAUCGUGGUCGGCUCCAAUCAAUGCUUAGGCUCAGAGCUCUCCGACGAGAAGUGGCAGUCCAAGAUCAACUACGGACUGCUUCAACAACACUGGAAUUGGACCGAUUGCAAAGUGCAUCUAUAAUUUCAUUCCUCAGGCAGAGAUUUAAUAAUAGAGGACAGGAUGAUGUCAGUGGAGUGCCAGUUGUGGAAAGCUCAAGCUGUGUACAUAAUCAGUUCCCUAUUGAUACUCAAGGUUCAGAGUAUCCCCAUUCUGCAGAUCAGUGUACUGGUGAUAGCAAUCGAUAUGAGGUAGUUAUCUCUCCAAGAGAUUUGGAAAACUUGCCACCUGAACUCAAUUCACCUCAUUCGGGAAGCGAUGAUCUGCAAGAAGGAAGCCAUACUCUGGAUGGUUCUUGGGAUGACAGAAGUUUAUGGGUGAGCAAUCUUGAUUGGCAAAGGCUUGUGGAUUCUUCACCCUCGCAUGAGUCACAAGGUGACAUCAUAACAGAGGAAGUGGAAUCUUACGCCCACCAAAAUAUCAGAAGCAGUGAUCCUAUGUGGAUAACCGGUCCUCUCAAUUCAUGGAGAGAAUGGGGAGUCAGCAGACAAGCGACGUACCAUGACUUGGGUGGAAAUUUUUCAGACAAUGAGGAAAUUCGUGAUCUUCUAGAGAGAAGAAGGGUUUCAACUUCACUUGCGAGCGACUUUUGCGAUAAAAUGAAUAGACUGAUCUUGUCGUUCUUACAGAGACAAGCACAACAAUCAUUUGAUGAUAACUAUGUAGAAGACUAUGAAGAACAAACUUUCUGGAGACAGAGUGAUGAAUUCCAAAAUGCUGAUCAAGUUGCAUCCUCAUCAUCAUCAUUGAUACCCAUGCCCUAUCAGACACAACACCAUCUAGACCGUUGGCAGCACACUUCAUUCAGACACCAUUCAUCUCAGAAUUUCCUGGAAAUGGAAACCAUGAAUGACUUGAGGAGUGAUAUGGCACAAAUCCAUCACGAAAUUAACGAACUACGGAAGUUGGUAGAGAAUUGCAUGGAGUGGCAGGCAAAUCUCCAGCAUUCUAUUAAGCAGGAGGUUUCUCAUGCAGUUUAUCAAUCUCGUGCAUUAUUUUUUCGACACAAGGUCUCAACAAGAAAUGAAGAUCUAUGUAUUAUGGCUAAUCCCAGAUUUACACUAUGCUGUGCCAGCCCCAUCUGGCAUGCCCUCUCUCAAAUUUCAGAAACAACUUAAAGAAGGGGGUUUCUUGAUAAUAAUCUUUCAUAUCUGCUUAAAUAUUUUUAGCAUUUACAACCCUACAAAGAGGGAACUACUGAAUUGUGUCUCCAAGUUAUCUGAUUUACUACAAUUCUUUCUAAUAGGGGUACAUGGUAUUCUUUUCAGAUGUGGGCACAUGUGUACCUGUUUCAAGUGUGCCCAUGAAUUGCAAUGGAGCAGUGGAAAAUGUCCAAUCUGCAGGUCUCGAAUUGUGGAUGUUGUUCGGGCAUAUCCUAAUUCAUAAAUUGGACCUUGAUGGCACCAGCUUGGCAGUCCGAUCAAUAUUCUGGCUUUGGCAUGGAUUUUUGAAGGCACACUAACUUUCGCUAGCAAAAUCUACAUAACCCUCUUGACAAUAGUACCUUCUGACUAUAAUGUUAACUGUUGCCUACGAUUAUCCAUGUAACAUCAGAAGUUUUCUCAACUUCGAAUCUACUCUCUGAUGUUGUUAAUGAGAAUAAGGUUCCCUGCUUUUUGUCUUCAUCGGCAUUAAUGAGGAUAAAUUACAUUCUCUCCUGUUGAGGAAAUAUUGAAAAUAAAAUUUGGCAUCCCUUUCCA